UAGUGAUUUUUUAAAUGAAGUGUAGUUUUAUUUCAAAAGAUGAAGACAUUAUCUUUCAAUGGUUUGGGCUGUCAUAUCAGUUACUGCUAGUAGUCCUUUCUUAUCAUUAUAAUUUUGUCUAGUUUGUUUAAUUAGCUAUGAUCCUAAAAUCAAACUCGGAUUGUUUAAACUGAUUUUAACUGUGCGUAUUGAUGUGUGUUUGGUUUUUUUCUUUUCUACCUAGAGGUAUAGUAGAAGGGUUAAAAUCUCACACAUUUUUGUUUAACCCAGCUGCAUUUUUGCGCCUGUUCCAAGUCAGGAGCCCCUGGCAUUUAUGCAGAAUCCGUAGUAGGAUGAGGAGAUUUAAAUAAACCGUUUCAGUCGAAAAGAAUAUAAUAUUCAGUACAAGACCUGAAAAUGGACACGCCUAGAAGAAAUGAAAUACAUGAUAUAAGCUCAAAUCAUCAUGAUCAUGAUCAGCAACCAUUUGUUCCACAAUCUUUUAUUCAAAAGAUGACUGCAUUUUUUACACAGACAAAGGUUAUGUAUGUGCCUCCAGAUGUUAAAGUAACACAAGAAGGUGAAAUCUUACAUGUUUUAGUCAGUAAAGAUAGAGAGGGAAAAUCGACAAUAGAGAUAACGAUACCAGCAAAUGGAAAUCUCAAACAUUUUACCAAAACUCAAGACAUAACUGAGAUAAAAGUAAUGUUUGGAAGUAUCUUAUCUAGACCAGAAAACCACGAGAACACACAGAACAGAAUGCUUAGCCAAUAUUCAGAUCUUGAAUUAGGAAACCAACCCCGUUUUACUAAAAAGGAUUAUUUAAGUUUUCCAACUUCAAAAAAACCUUCGCGAUUAGACAACACGUUAAGUGAUACAGAAAAUAACUACUCGAAUGAAGAUCAGUCUAAUGGAAAUAAGACCCUAUAUCAUCGAGGAUUUCCAGUAGAAUUGGUGUCAUACAGCACAAAGAAAUUUAAUGUCAGUGGCAAUUCAUCUUUAUUAGAAUCGGUUACGUUUACCAAGGAAAAUAAAUCAAGAAAAAGAGACACAUUAUUUUUGUUUCGUUUUAAAGGUAUGCUGUAUUCUCCUUCUGCUGUGAGACAUUUAGAUAAGAAGAGUAUUGAAAGUACAAACUCAGUCGAUAUAUUAUCAAUUUCUGAAACUGAAAGUAACGUUCGGUUAGAAGUUUUAACAGGUCUCAGUAUAUAUACGGCCUUUCAGGUCGCAAAACUUCUAAAAUGUCCUAAAAAUGGCCGGCGUGUAAGAAAGUUGAAAGAUCUGAUCACAUGUCUUAAAUUAGGGAAUAAGAAAAAUGACGAUCCAGAUUUUCUUGAAUCUGUCAAGACAGCGAAUGAGGAUAACAUUAAAGCCUGUUACAGUCCUUAUCAAGAUGAAAAUGGUACGCAAAAUCAAACGGACAAAGUUAAAGACAGCAAAGAAACAAUAGCCGAGAAUAUCAAGAAUUUACGACAAGAGCUGAAAAAAACCCACCAGGAUGUAAAUUUCACCAUGGGCUCAACAAAAGAUCGAAAUGUAGGAAAAAAUGCUACUACAAAAUUUUUCACUCACAGUAAAUGGACAGACCGCACACGAAUGGGAAAUAACAAUAUACGACCACAAUCAGAACGUCCUUCAUGGAAAAUAUUUCUACAAAAUCGGGAAGAUGAAACGGACGGGGUAGUUAGUGAAAGUCUUGGGGAACCUAUGAUAAGUCAAGCAAUUUAUGAGUUUUUUGGACAGCAUGUUGAUAGCGGAUACAAAAGUUCAAUUAGAAGAUCACAAGAACCUUGGCCAAGUAUGCAUCCUCUCUUGCCAUACAAAUGUCUGUACAUAGACAAUAAAGGAUCUUAAUUUUUAUUAUA